AGCUGAUUUGAUCAUUUGAAUUUCAAAGGAAGAAGCACUCAGUGGUUCCCAAAGUCGUCGAAGAGAGCUGAAAUCUUGUUCAGUAAGAAACCUCCUGGGCACUCAAAAGGAUUUUAAUAUAAAAGCAUUUCAUUACACGGAGGGAUACCAGAGACAGAUCUCGGUGCAAGUUUUUGGCCCGUUCCCACUAUGUACUACUCGAGCUCGAUCCACAUAAACCCCAACAACCCACGGCCUCUACUCCAUUCUUGUCCUUCUUCUUCCCUUUCCGCCGUCCGCCUGCCGCCGUCCACCGUCGACAUGAGGGCUCUCGUUUCCCGCGCCAAGAUGUUCGCCGCUAGCCCUAUCCUUUCACUCACCGCCGGCAGGACUGCAUCCUCCUCGACCACCGCGUCCCGCGCCUACAGCGUAAUCCCGAUGGUCAUCGAGCAGUCCUCCCGCGGCGAGAGGGCGUACGAUAUCUUCUCCAGGCUACUCAAGGAGCGGAUCGUCUGUAUCAACGGCCCCAUCAACGACGACACCGCUCACGUUGUCGUCGCUCAGCUACUCUUCCUCGAGUCCGAGAAUCCUUCCAAGCCUAUCCACAUGUACCUCAACUCUCCCGGCGGCCAAGUCACCGCUGGUCUUGCUAUCUAUGAUACCAUGCAGUACAUAAGGUCCCCAAUCAAUACGAUUUGCCUAGGCCAAGCUGCAUCAAUGGCUUCUCUUCUUCUCGCUGCUGGAGCUAAAGGCGAGAGGAAGUCACUUCCGAAUGCAACAGUAAUGAUCCAUCAACCAUCUGGUGGGUACAGUGGGCAAGCUAAGGAUAUGGCGAUCCACACAAAGCAGAUAAUUCGUGUUUGGGAUGCAUUGAAUGAGCUGUAUUCAAAGCAUACUGGCCAAACUGUGGAUAUCAUCCAGAAGAACAUGGACAGGGAUUACUUUAUGACCCCUGAAGAGGCCAAGGAAUUUGGGAUCAUUGAUGAGGUGAUUGAUCACCGGCCGAUGAAUUUGGUGGCGGAUGCUGUUGCCGAGGAAGGCAAGCAAAAGGGUUCAAACUAAAGACUGGAGUGCGGGUAAGAUUUUGGCAGAAUGGACUCUGUUGUCGUAUGUCAGAGUUUUGUGCUAGCUUUUUCCGAUAGUUGUUUCAGGGGAGUCUGACUCUUUCCCUUACUGCAUUAGAUUUGGUUGACUUCUGGGUUAUCGUAUUUAUUUCUCCUGCUUAUCUUUAAUCCGCUUGGAAGUUAGUUAUAAAGGAGAGGAAUUCAGAGGGGGUUAUAUUUUACUGCUUGAAUAAUUUGAUGCCCUCAUAAACUAUUCAUCUGGCAGCCAUGAUUUCAGCUCGAAUGAUCUAAUCAUGCUGCAACAUCAUUCUAACUAUGUAGUAUGUAGGAUUAGAGACUUUUUGUUUGUUCUUUGUUUAAGUGAGAUCAGUUGUUUCGGAAAGUGUGAACAUUUUGUUGUUCUGGCAGUCUUACCGAUCAGUCAUUUUCUCCUCAUGGUUCCUUUCAUAUCCUUGAAUGUUUCCAAUUGCUUACCGGUUUAAGUACCUCAAGGUUUUUUUUGCUGAAUGGUUAAUUCUUAAUUGUUUUAGCUUUUGCUUACUCUAUAUAUUACACGCAGGGAAGGGGAUAGAGAUAGAUAUACUGUGCU